AUGGCUCAUCCACCAGACCACGGGUUUUGUACUAAUGGUGUUGUGAGGCUGGUUUUUGUUUUAGUGGCAGUGUGUUUGGUUGGGUACACUAUACGUCCAUCUUUGCACUGGAGCUUGAAGGAGAAAGGUUCAUGCCCUCAGUGUCCUUGUGAUUGUUCAAAAUAUUUCGACCCUAUACCUGUAGAUAUUAUCAAUAGCUCAUUUUCAGACUGUGGUAAACAUGAACCAGAAGUGAAAGAGGAAAUGGAGAAGGAUAUCAUAGCCUUGAUGUCGGAGGAGCUAAGUUUGCAGCAUACUGUAGCGAAUGAAACCUUGCAACGGACCGAUGCAUUGUUGAUGGGUGCAAGGAGAGUCUCUUUGCACUACCAAAAGAGGCAGAAAAAUGCAAUGCAGGAGUUGAAACAUGCGAAGAAGCAAGGGAGAGGGCUCAAGCAGAAUUUGUAG